CGGCGUGCGCGGGGGCGGUGCUGCGCCCGGCCGGCCCCGGGCCCGGCCCCCGGCCCGCCCGCUCACCCCGCGGGGGAGGAGCAGGAGGAGCGGCGGCGCCGUGCGGGGACCGGGCAAGGACGCGGCAAGGGCGGCCAUGGCCGGCUCCAAACCGCUGGCCCGCUUCUGGGAGUGGGGCAGGAACAUCGUGUGCGUGGGGCGCAACUACGCGGAGCACGCCAAGGAGAUGGGCAGCGCCCUGCCCGCCGAGCCGCUCUUCUUCCUCAAGCCCUCCUCGGCCUACGUGCGGGAGGGGUCCCCGAUCGUGCGGCCCUACUACUGCCGGAACCUGCACCACGAGGUGGAGCUGGGGGUGGUCAUCGGCCGCAGGGCGCAGGCCGUGCCGCAGGACGCGGCCAUGGAGCACGUGGCGGGCUAUGCCCUGUGCCUGGACAUGACGGCCCGCGACACCCAGGAGGAGUGCAAGAAGAAGGGGCUGCCCUGGACCUUGGCCAAGGGGUUCGGCUCCUCCUGCCCCGUCAGUGACUUCGUGCCCAAGGAGAAGAUCCCAGACCCGCACAAGCUGCAGAUCUGGCUGAAGGUGAACGGGAAGAUGAGGCAGGAGGGGGACACCUCGUCCAUGAUCUUCUCCAUCCCUUACCUGAUCAGCUACAUCAGCCACAUAUUCACCUUGGAAGAAGGGGACUUGAUUCUCACGGGGUCUCCCAAAGGAGUGGGGUCGGUGGAGGCCAACGAUGAGAUCGAGGCGGGGAUCAGGGACGUGCUGUCCAUGAGGUUCAAGGUGGCACAGGGCACGGAACCCCGGAGCCCAAAGGGUGUUUGACUGCCACAGCGCCAUUUCCAUGGAGGCUACAGCACACCUGGAGUGAGGCCCCAGCCUGGAGCAGGUGGAGACCAGAAGCUCCAGAUUCCAAAUUUUAAUUCCAAAACCGUACCUGGGAACUGGCAACGGAGACAUUGGAGAGGGGAAUGGGCCUGGCUGUCCUUCUGCAUGUGCUUCUCUUCUGCUGAAGCUUUGAGUAUUGCCUUAAAAUAAAAAUGACUGAUCAAAACAAUUCAAAUGAUGAUGUAGGAGCUAAGGCUCAGCCAUGCUUUGGAAAAUCAAAGGUUUAUGUGUAGAUGUGCAGCCCUAAAUCAAGAGUUGCAGCUUUGCAAAGAGUUUCCUCUACAAAAGAAAGAUGUUUGAUUUUUUGGAUUAGUUUUGUGAUUCCUCCCUGCUUUUUUCAAACAUACAAAUUAAAGAAGGAUGGCUUUUCCUCCUGCUCCAGGGGGCGAAGGCAGCAGGAAGUGUGCCAGAUGUUUGGCAGAUUGGUUUUUUCCUAAACUGAGCUUUAAAUAUGUUCUAAAAGUGAAAUAAUGUAAAAAGAUCAGGAAUAAAGAAGCAUAUGAGUAAAGAUCA